AUGGGGUAUAGAGAAAAAGAUGCAUCAUGGAGGUGGUUUAUGGAAAGAUUAAUAAAUGCAAUCCCAGAUGGACCUGAUGUCGUUGUGAUAUCUGAUCGACGUAGAAGCAUAAUAAAGGCCGUUAGAGAAGUGUACAAAGAAGCUGGCCAUGGAUUUUGUGCGAGACACAUAACGCAAAAUCUGAAAGUUAAGGUUAACAGAGGUAUGAGAAGAAAGAGUUCAAGAGGUGAAACUGUCGCAGAAAGGAUUUUCAAAUGCGCAGAAGCGUAUACGUUGCACGAGUUUGAAGAGAGAUUUAUUGAUCUAAAGAACAGGUAUCCCAAAGUUGCCGAGUAUAUGCAGAAAGAAGAACUUGAUCCCGAGAAAUGGGCGAGGUGUAAAUUUAAGCGCGAAAGGUACAACUUGUUGACUACAAAUGGGGCUGAAUCAAGCAACUCUGUUUUGAAGAAAGCAAAAAGGUUUCCGGUGCUAGGCGUGCUUGAUAUAUGUCUUUCAAAGACUGUAGAAUGGUUCGAUCGGCGUCGAGUGGAAGCAAGAUGUGCCGAUGAUUCUCAAAAACUGACACCGCAUGUUGACAAAGUGCUACAUGAGCGUUACGAGAUGGCGUGUACGUAUGAGGUAAUUGUGUUGAACUCUAUUACAGAAGAGUUUGAGGUGACCGGUGAAAAAGGUAGAAAAUACUUGGUCAAAAUCGGAGAUAGAUCGUGCAGUUGUAGAGUGUUUGAUAUUGAUAAGAUCCCAUGCAGUCACGCAAUCGCAGCACUCCAUAAGGUUGGGAAAGCAAAUAUGAUACCGGACUUGUGUUCUCCUUAUUAUCUGCGUGAAUCAUGGGGUCAUGCUUAUGAAACAACUGUGUAUCCGGUCCCCGAUUGUUGUGAAUGGAGCAUCGAUAACCCAGAUGUUGCAAACUGUGUGGUUUUACCUCCUAUAAUGGAAGAGACACGAAAAAGUGGGAGGCCGAAACAAAAUCGCUACCCAGGUCCUGGUGAAUCCCGGAAGCGGAUCCAUGUCAUGACAGGAGCAUCAUCAUCAGCAAUGUGUGAGAGUACACUUAAUUUUGAAUGA